CGGAGCUGGAGUCGUCGCUGGAGGCGAGCUUCUCGGCCGGCGGCGCGGGGUCGGGGGCCUCGGGGACUCUGCCUCCCGCGCGCUCCCGCAUCUUCAAGAUCAUCGUGAUCGGCGACUCCAACGUGGGCAAGACGUGCCUGACCUACCGCUUCUGCGCCGGCCGCUUCCCCGACCGCACGGAGGCCACCAUCGGGGUGGACUUCCGAGAGCGAGCGGUGGAGAUCGACGGCGAGCGCAUCAAGAUCCAGCUAUGGGACACGGCAGGACAGGAACGGUUCCGGAAGAGCAUGGUGCAGCAUUACUACAGAAACGUGCAUGCCGUUGUCUUCGUGUACGACAUGACCAACAUGGCUAGUUUCCACAGCCUGCCAUCCUGGAUAGAGGAGUGCAAGCAGCACUUGCUGGCCAGCGACAUUCCGCGGAUUCUCGUUGGAAACAAAUGUGACUUGAGAAGCGCCAUUCAGGUGCCCACGGACUUGGCACAGAAGUUCGCGGACACACACAGCAUGCCUCUGUUUGAAACCUCUGCUAAAAACCCCAAUGAUAAUGACCAUGUAGAAGCUAUAUUUAUGACCUUGGCUCAUAAGCUGAAGAGCCACAAACCCUUAAUGCUGAGUCAACCCCCGGAUGAUGGAAUUCUCCUGAAGCCUGAACCAAAGCCUGCGAUGACCUGCUGGUGCUGAAUGGCAGGCUUGAUGUCUGAUCUCAUUUUGACUAAAGAUGCUUUUGAAGUGUGGCAGUGAUAAGUCGUAAGAUGUAAUCUCAACUGUGUGGGCCUCAUACUUGUCUCUCUGUCAUUGCCAUGUUUACUUUUGUAUUUUGGAUCUGCUUAAGCGGGCUGGUCACGUGACAGCAGGAGGAAAGGUUGGAUUUCAGGUGAGAUUGAAAAUGAAGCAAGGACGCAGCGAAUCAGAACCUCUUUCCCUUGAGGGCCCAGCGAAGGGGCUUCAAGUGAGAACUUGAGGAACUGGUAAGAACCAGCGACUGUCAAUCCUAAGUUUCUGGUAUUAAAAACUAUGAAGAGUUA